CAACCAAGUCAGAGAGGGAAGGAUUAGAGAGCAAAAGAGUGAACGCAGGGCAGAGAGGGAAGGAGUUUUACAGGAGCAGAACUCUUUGGCUUUUCAGCCUGGUUUCGUAUUAAAGCAGAUCUCGGGACUCUCACUUCUUUGUUUCUUUUCUCUCACACUCUUCACUCUUCAUCACCAGCUGUCCGCCAGGUUUCUGCCUUCAUCAUGAGCUGCACCUCGGGCUCCUCGAUUGGACUCCUCCUCCUCCUGAUUGGCUAUGCUGCGGCAGGACCUGAGCCUGACCUGCGGCCUCGAGCGGUGCGUUCAAGUGCCUGUCAGGACCACACAAAUCUUCACCACCGCCUGGAUGUAGUGGAGAAGCGAGUGGAGGACACGGUUGAAAAGUUGGAGGUUGAGCUGGCUGCUCUUCUGGAUGCCAUUGAGGCCCCAAAGUGGCGCCACCUGAUGGACAAUGCAGGAAAGACAGCUGUGGACAUCCUUGAAGAUCCGGAGCAGAGAAGGCAGUCCUGAAGGCACUGAGUUUCAAGCUGUAUCCACAGAAUUAGGACACCUACAGAAUCUCGCGAGCAUCGGUCAGAAAACGGCUGAAUAGGAGAGAUGCUGUCGCCGGUCAAACCCUCUCACAAUUGCUUGUUUUAAACCACAGAACAUUAAUACAUAAAGAAAUAUGUCAGGAGGGUUUGCAAGCACGAUCCAAGUAGGAAUGAUCACUGACAUCAAGGAACAAAAGUCCAGAUUAGCGUGGUGUAACAAAAAAGCUACACUUAAAUUAACCUUUAAAAUCAAAUAUUAUCCAUAUACAUAAUUAACACAUUAUUCCACAGACUCCUCAGGACUGUGCUGAUUCUGUCAACAGUCUGAAAAAUAACCACAAAUGGAGACAUUCAGGGUUUUUUUGUUUUGUUUUUUUAAUGCAGCAAAAUUCUGUAUUGAGGUGAAGUGAAAACUUGUCCCAGUUUCAAAUCUUCAUCAUUUGCUGCACAAACAAUAAUGCAACACUUAAUCCACAACAGACACACAGCUGCUGAUGUCAUUCCACUCACCACGAGGGCACGAGCCUGUAUACUUGGAACAAAGCGUUAAGACAACCUACGGGAUGUCAAAAAGGUACUGCAUAUCAUCUAAAAUAUCAUGCCGUCCAUGUAACACUGGGAUUAUACGAUUUGUACAGCUUAAAGUUCACAAAACUCACUGUCCAGAAACAGUCACGCAGGCCGGUUAUAUUCUGAUUUUGGACUGUGUCAGUAAUCAGGUGAGCGUGGAGGUACGCUAUUACCAAAAGCUUGUGCAUGCACAAAUUAGCCAGUAGGGCUCAAGCUCCAGGCUUUGGCAAAAAAACAAAACAAAACAAAACAAAACAAAAAAAAAAAA